UCUAGUUUCUAUCCGAUUUAUCGAUUUCGAUUUUUUAUUUUUUAUUCAAUUUAUAUAUUAUUAUUUUUUUUGCUGUGUUGUGUUGUCCUGUGUUGUGUCUUUUCCUGGUGAUCAGCCCAUAUCCGUUCCGUUCGCUCGCUCGCUCGCUUCGCUGCCUCGUUCGUUCGUUUCCCAAUCACCCUCCCCGGACCGAUACGGUUCUUGAGCCAUGGUGAGGAUAUCUACGUCGCUGCUGGCGGCAUUUGGUCUAGCGUUCAAUACCGCAUAUGCUAUUGAAGCAGACCUCGAUGAUCCAGCAUCCAUCAAGAAGGCCGCUGCCGCUGUUGUCGAAGAUCUUCUCAGUUUUUAUCAUGGCGAUGAGCCGGGCCAGGUCCCCGGUAUCUUGCCUGGUCCUCCCCCGGAUGGCGAUUACUAUUGGUGGCAAGGAGGUGCCAUGUUCGGCACGUUAUUAGAUUAUCGACAUGCUACUGGCGACACUUCCUAUGACGAUAUCAUAACCACAGCCAUAUUGCAUCAAGCCGGCCCCAACGAAGACUUUAUGCCCCCUAACUGGACCGCAUCCAUGGGUAACGACGAUCAGGCUUUCUGGGGAUUCUCAGCCAUGUUAGCUACGGAGAUUGGAUAUACGGAUCCGGCAGAUGACCAACCUCAAUGGCUAUCAUUAGCGCAAGCCGUGUUCCACGAACAAACGCACGAUGAUCGAAGAGUCCCAAGUGGACGUUGCGAAUGGGGUCUCAGAUGGCAGGUCUUUCCGUCUAACAACGGAUACAACUACAUCAACACUGUUGCGAACGCCUGCUACUUCAAUAUCGGAGCCCGACUGGCCCGCUAUACGAAGAACCAAACUUACGCCGAUCUCGCGGCGAAAACUUUUGAUCUAGUCCAAGGCCUAGGUUACAUCUCGGAUGACUGGGAUGUCUACGACGGAGCACAUUUGCCUGAUUGCUCCGAUAUCAACAAAGCCCAGUUCUCAUAUAACUCUGCCAUGUUGUUGCAAGGCGCAGCAUUCAUGUAUAAUUACACUGAAGGUGACACGGUUUGGAAGACGCGUGUCGAUGGCCUCAUCGACCGCAUGCUGGAGAUUUUCUUCCCGAACGGUGUUGCAUUCGAACCCUCUUGCGAAACUGGUGGAUGUAACACCGAUAUGGAGUCGUUCAAGGGAUAUCUACAUCGAUGGAUGGGCACUACGAUGCAGCUGGCACCCUACACGCAAGCAAAGGUUCUACCUAUUCUCAAGACAUCGGCACAGGCGGCCCUCAAGCAAUGCACGGGCGGUACCAACGGCCGCUUCUGUGGUUUCCACUGGACGUCGGGUGUCUUCGAUGGCGAGGUGGGCGCCGGUCAGCAAAUGAAUGUGCUGGGCGCGCUCAUCAGCCUCUUGGCCCCGGCUAGUGCGGCCCCCUUAACCACCGAAACUGGCGGCACGUCGAAGGGCGAUGCGAACGCCGGCUCCGACGAACCCCUCGUAGCUCCGAUUACUCCCAUCACCACCGGUGAUAAGGCCGGCGCGGGUAUCCUAACGGCUGUGAUUAUUGCCGGAGGCUUGUCCGCAUUCGCGUGGAUGAGUCUUGAUUGAAAGGAUUCUUAGGAUGUGUGUAUAUUGUUGUGUGUAUCUUUUCAGGACAAUGAUUUUUUGUCGUAUCAAGGAAAUGAAAAUACCCGGAUUUUUUGUUGCAGUUGUUGUUGGUUCUUGCGGUUAUAACAGUUGUGGUUGUUGCGCUUGUGGUGGUUCUUGUUUGUACUUUAUACGAAGUCGAAAGUAAAAGUCCAACCCAAGAUGAAGAAGUAAAGUUGAGUUGAGUAGAAGAGAAGAGAGUAGAGUAAAGAAAGUAAGGUAGAGUUGAGUAAAGUAAAGUAAAGUUGGAGAGUAAGGU